GGUGCCUGCGGAGGUGGCAGCAGACGUGAGAAUGCAAAUCCUCCCAUUUACAAAGGAGCCAGCGAGACUCGGGGAAGGAGACAGGUGGAAGGAGACAGGGUGAGAUAGGCUUGACGACACCAUGCAGUUUCUGUUUUUUGUUGUAGUGGUGAGACACAAGUCUCCAAGAGGUAAGGAGACCUUCCACUGUCGCACACAACUUCCAGGAGGGAAUCCAGCAGGGGGAGGCUGAGGACGAGGAGAGCAGCAGGAAGCCAGGCAGAAGGACAGUCUUGGUCCGAGCUGGAGGGGAAACGAGAGCACGAAUAGGAGGCUGGAGUUUGAAGGAGGAGCAGAUCGUCUUUUGUUUCAAUUAGCAGUUGGUGGGGAGCACGGCUUUUUGGUGGAAGAAGGAAGUCAGACCAGAAACACUGAAGGGCAGGUUUUCUGAGAACGGAGGGAAGUUGAGAAACAUCUGCAAGUGACAUGCUGUCUCUGGAACUCGUCCUGCUGGCUGCUCUUCUCCCGAGGGGUGACAGUGCCGGAGCCACCGAGGAACACAUCUCGUUCCAUGUCAUCCAGAUCUCGUCCUUUGCCAACCACUCCUGGGCACAACAUCGAGGCUCAGGUUGGCUGGGUGAUGUGCAGACUCAUGGCUGGGAGAGCGAGUCUGGCACGAUCAUUUUCCUGCACACCUGGUCUAAGGGCAACUUCAGCGACGAGGAGCUGAUAGAUCUGGAGCUGCUAUUCCGUGUCUACUUCAUUGGAUUAACUCGGGAGACUGAAGAAUAUGCCAGUCAACUGCACUUUGGAUAUCCUUUUGAAGUACAGGUGAGAGCUGGCUGUGAGCUACAUUCUAGUGACAUUGAAAAAGGCUUCUUACAGGCAGCUUAUGAAGGAUCAGAUUUCCUGAGUUUCCAAAACCUGUCAUGGGUGCCAGCUCCAGAGGGUGACAGCAGAGCCCAGAGUGUCUGUGAUCUCCUGAACCAGUACGAAGGCAUCAAGGAAACCGUGCACAGGCUCGUCACAAACACCUGUCCCCGGUUUGCCUUGGGUCUCUUCGAUGCUGCGAAGGUGGAUUAUAAGAGGCAAGUGAAGCCUGAGGCCUGGCUGUCCGCUGGCCCCAGUCCCGGUCCCGGCCGUCUGCUGCUGGUGUGCCACGUCUCUGGGUUCUACCCAAAGCCUGUGUGGGUGAUGUGGAUGCGGGGUGAGCAGGAGCAGCGGGGCACCCAGCGAGGCGACGUCCUGCCCCAUGCUGAUGGGACGUGGUAUCUCCGAGUGACCCUGGACAUGGAGGCUGAGGAGGCGGCCGGCCUGUCCUGCCGGGUGAGACACAGCAGUCUAGGAAACCAGGACAUCAUUCUCUACUGGGGACACCACCUUUCCUUGUACUUGAUCCUGUUGGCCGUGAUAGUGCCCCUCAUUCUUCUGAUAGUCCUUGCAUUGUGGUUUAAGAAGCGCUGCUCCUAUCAAGACAUCCCGUGAGCUGCCUCAUCACACCUUCCCCAGUGGCCCAGGGAACCUAGGACCACAGAGUGAUGAUACCAUUCUUUCUGCCCUCUAUUUAAUUUUUUUCUUGUUUCUGCUUUAUAAUCAUUGUUCCCAUAAACUAAUUUAGUUCUGUAACUCUGUAUGGAAUCCCUUCCUUGUAAUCUCCAUCUGUUCAAUAGUCCUCUACUUUUGAAGUCCAUUCUGAUUCUCAUCCUCCAGGGUGUUCCCUGAUCCAUGGGCGGGAAGCCCUUCAACUCUGCUAUAUGUGCACCUCACUUCUACCCUGCACGCAGUUACCCAGGUCUUUCUUCCCCUUCCAGUGUGCAAGCUCCUUUGGGACAAUGAUCAUGACGAAGGUGCGUUUCCUGCGUAUAAUACAUGCUCAGUGAAAAUCAAACCUAAACAAACCAUAUCCAAGUUAGAUCCACUGUCAUGUUGAUAGUCUUUCUUCAUAAUGUUCAUUCCUGACCUGGUUGUAGUAUUUGAAGGAUUGACGUUUCCCUUCUUGUUCCAGUGUUUCUUGUUUGGCCCGGAAAGCCCACAUGCCUUUAGCUCCCUCGUUUUCUCCCUAACUCUUAAGGAAAAAUGCAACUUUGCCCCCUGCCAUACUUACUUUAUAAAUACAAUGAGCCAUGCUUCUCCAACUUAUUCUAAACAUGGAGAGAGAAACAGUGAGCAGGCAACGUCUGCAGGGCAGUGGGGCAGACGUGUCGCUGAAUGGUUAAUAAAAAGGAACAAGAGAGCUGGUCCUCAGGAUAAGGACGGGACCAAGGCAAGGGAUGUAUAUGGAAAACAAACCUCUCAAAGGGUAGUGUUAUCUCAGACACCUGUCUGGAGUUCUUUUCCUUUAAGUUUCAUUCACUAAUUCAAGUAAUACUUGUCGAGCACUAAACACAAGACAGGCAUACACCCUCAUAAAUUGGUGGGCGAGGAAAGAGUCAGGGCUGCACCCACCUGCCUGGAGGCACCAAGUCUACUUCUUCAGUCUGUCUAUGUCCUUUGGACUGGGGACAAUAUUUUGUUUCUUUUUAGGAAUUUUUGAAUCAACUUUAUAGAUAUGUAAUUUACUUACAAUAAAAUAUAUCUGUUUUAA